AUGUACAAACCGUGGGCAACCUUGAAUAUUUUCAUGGUGUCUUUUCUGCAUCUUCUGCAGGGAUCUGAUUAUGAGUAUGGACCUGUGAAGAGGGCAUCUCUGUCAGCAUUGGAACGGUCAGAACAGCUGAUAAGGAACGCAGCCAGUCUGGAAGAGCUGCUUCGAAUCACUCACGCCGAGGACUGGAAGCUGUGGAAAUGCAGACUAAAACUCAAAAGCCUCUCCCAUUUAGAUUCCCGAUCUGCGUCCCAUCGCUCCACCAGAUUUGCUGCUGCUUUCUAUGACAUUGAGACACUGAGAGUCAUAGAUGAGGAAUGGCAAAAAACUCAGUGUGUGCCAAGGGAGACCUGCGUGGAAGUUGCCAAAGAGCUAGGUACAACCACCAACAAGUUCUUUAAGCCUCCCUGUGUGAAUGUGUUCCGCUGUGGAGGUUGCUGCAAUGAGGAGAGCCUGGGCUGUAUGAACACAAGCACAACUUAUGUUUCAAAAACGCUCUUUGAGAUUUCAGUUCCUUUGACAAGUGUCCCAGAGCCAGUGCCAGUCAAAAUUGCCAACCACACAGGUUGUAGAUGCUUAUCAACUGCUCAGCAUCACCAAUAUGCCAUCAUACGAAGAUCUGUCCAGUACCCAGAGGAGGAUGGUUGCCCCUUUACCAACAAACUUUGUCAUAGUGGCUUGAUAUGGGACAGCAACAAAUGUGAAUGUGUGGUAGAUAAAGAACAUCCUGGCAGAAGGGAAGGACUCCCUCCUCUUGCUGAGCUGGCUAAGUGUGGACCACAUAUGGAAUUUGAUGAAGAUAAUUGUGAGUGUAUCUGUAGAUGGAAAUGUCCCACCGAUUUUUUCCAAAAUAAAGUGAACUGCAGCUGCUAUUUGUGUAGGGAGAGCCAGGAGAGCUGCUCUCAGAAACACAAGAUAUUUCAUGCAGAAACCUGCAGCUGUGAGGACAAGUGCCCAUUCCAACCCAGAACAUGUUCAACUGCAAAGCCAGUGUGUACAAAGCAUUGCCGUUGUCCAAAGGAGAAGAGAAGCUCUCAUGGGUCACAAAGCAAAGAAAAUCCUUGA